AUGUCGGGAAACUGCUGUUCUAGGAAAUGUCCCUCCGUGCCAGCCAUCUCUCUCUGUUCCACUGAGGUGAGGUGCAGAGCGCCCGUCUUCUUGCCCAGUUCCUGCCAGAGCCAAACGUGGCAACUGGUGACUUGUCAAGAUGGCUGCGGAUCAUCCAGCUGUGGCCCACCAUGCUGUCAGCCUUCCUGUCCCGUGAGCAGCUGCGUCCAACCUGUGUGCUGUGAAGCCACCAUUUGUGAGCCCUCCUGUUCUGUGAGCAGCUGUGCCCAACCCGUGUGCUGUGAGGCCGCCACUUGUGAGCCUUCUUGCUCCUUGAGCAGCUGCUGCCAACCCGUGUGCUGUGAGGCCACCACCUGUGAGCCCUCUUGCUCUGCGAGCAGCUGCUGCCAACCCGUGUGCUGUGAGGCCGCCACUUGUGAGCCCUCUUGCUCUGCGAGCAGCUGCUGCCAACCCGUGUGCUGUGAGGCCACCACUUGUGAGCCCUCUUGCUCCGUGAGCAGCUGCUGCCAACCUGUGUGCUACGAGGCCACCAUUUGUGAACCUUCCUGUUCUGUGAGCAGCUGCGCCCAACCUGUGUGCUGUGGGGCUGCUUCCUGCCAACCGGUCCUCUGUGUCCCCACCCCCUGCCAGCCCAGCUGCUGCCCAGCUGUCUGCACUGUGCCUAGUUCCUGCCAACCGGUAGUCUGCGAGCCCGCUUGCUGUCAGCCGGUGUGCCCCACCCCCAGCUGCUGUCCAUCCAUCUGCUCUGUGGGCAAUGGCUGCCAGGCUGUUUGCUGUGACCCUAGUCCUUGUGAGCCAUCUUGCUCGGGGCCCAGCAUCUGCCAGCCAGACUCCUGUGCGGCUCUCCUCUGUGGGCCUGUCUGCCUUCGCUCUGUCUGCUGCGUUCCAAACCCUUGCGAGCCACCUUGUGUCCCUAGCACUUGCCAACAGCCCUCUUGUUGUGUCUCCAGCAUCUGCCAACCCAUCUGCUCCAAGCCCAGCCCCUGCUCACCCAUGGUCUGUGUGCCCCCUCCCUGCCAACCUACCUUCUACGUAGUCAAGCGCUGUCAGUCUGUCUGCUGUCAGCCUGUUUCCUGCUCACCUGCCUCCUGCCAGCCUUCCUGCUGCCACCUGGGGUCUUCUGCUUCUGCCACCUGCCAACCAACCUGCUCUCGGACUUUCUACAUACCCAGCUCCUGCAAACAGCCUUGCACGACUUCGGUUUCCUGCCGCCCAAUUUGCCGCCCAAUCUGCUCUGGACCCCUCACCUGCAGGCAGCCGUAUGUGACGUCCAUCUCCUACCGCCCUGCCUGCUACCGCCCCUUUUUCUCCAUCCUGCGCCGCCCGGCCUGCAUCACUUCCAUCUCCUACCGCCCACUGGGCUCCUGGCUGCCUUGUACCGACUCCUGCAAACGGGAUUGCAAAAAGUCCACUUCUAGCCAAGCGGAUAGUGCCGACUCCACUUCCUGCAAGGUGGAAGUCUCCAAGGCUGAUCCUGGCCAGCCUGCUGAGGCCAAGUCCACCAGCCCAACCACUCGUGAAGCCGUAGCCAUCCAGCCUGCUGCCACCAAGCCUGCCAAUUGCUGA